UUGACCCCUUUUAACCGCAAGAGGGCUAAUAUGGUUUUGCGUAAGGGGUGUGCAUGCGGUUUAUAAACAAUCACAAAAUCAAAACAUUAACAUGCGGGAUUUCAUGACAGUGAAGGAGCUUUGAGAAGAUAGACGCUGCCUCUCUCCAAAUUGUUCGUGUUCUAGCUCUUUACAUCCAUCUGAUAAAAACAUACAUCCAAGGUAUUAGAGUUGUUUCAUGUGGAUAUCCGAAAUUUCGAUCGAGGUUCAGGCCGAUAAUCAUGAGAGGCAAAGCCAAAUCGUUCGAUGGUUCGGCAGUUUUGUCUCUGGCUGCAAAGGCCGCAGGGAACAUAUUGAUCGUUGGAGAAAAACUCAGGCAUGAAUUGAAAACCUCAGGUACCUCUCUAAUUCAGGACAGACGACACAGAUUGAGAAAUUACCAGAGAUGCUUUGUGGGUAAAGCCGUCGUUGACUGGAUCGUACAGCAUGAAGGCAUCAAGGAUCGAGCGAAGGCUGUUGAACUUAUGAACAUCCUACAGAAGUACAAUAUUAUACAUCAUGUAUGUGAUGACCAUCUAUUCAAGGAUGAGAUGCUUUUCUACAGGUUUAGAGUCGAUGACAACACUUUCAAAGACAACAGAGAAUCAAGAUCAAUCGUUCAUGGGACAGCCAUAUUCCACAGAGUCACAAGUGAAACUUCUUCUAGUCCCCUGCUGAAACCACAUACAGAGUUUGGACACAAGUAUGCUGAUAGUUUCUAUGGUGCAGAGCUUGUAUCGUGGCUGUUACGGGUUAACACAUGUACUUCUAGAGAAGAAGCAACAAGACUUGGUAAAGAUCUCCUAGAAGCUGAUAUCAUCAGACAUGUUACGAUGGACCAUCACUUCAAAGAUGAGCGACUCCUCUAUAACUUGAACCCCGUCAUGACUGAUCUAAAAUUGACGGAUCUAACGACACUAGACCAAGAAGCAUCAGAGGAAGCAUCUGGAUCUGGAGAGGCAGCUAUGAUGGCGUCGCUAACGAUUCCAAGAGAUCUUCAAAGAAAGCAUUCAAAUUCAACCUCCUCAGACACCUCACUGGAGAAGGCAUCAAUGACCGGUUCAAAACAAGACAUUGGAAGCCCGGACCAGAACCAUAAUCGGUUGCAUCUGGGAGGACCCUCCAAGGACCUGGACUCGCCAGACACUCCUACAGCCCCCAUCUGUACCAGAAGCUGGGGAUCCUUCACACCCAGUGAGCUCAGGCAUCCUGAGAGUCCCUUCGUCAAACGACAAAUCAAGAUUGUAGGAGACUCUGUUGGGUUUGGUCUAGUGAUACGUGGAGACGGUCCAACCUACGUACAGACGGUAGAUCCUGAGGGACCCGCAGCUGCUGCAGGCUUAAAGGUGAAAGAAUACCUGGCCGUUGUGAACGGUAUCGACGUCCUCGAAAUGAACCACAACGCCGUCGCCAAACUCAUCCUCGCAAACCCCUUCGAACUCUCUCUCGUAAUGAUGAUUUUAAAAGAUAGCGUCAUGGGAACUUAGUUUGACAGAGUGUGUCGUGGUGUAGUGUCAUGUCAGUUGAGUAUUCAUUCUCAGAAUUCAUUUUCUGCAAUGUGGUCGUCGAUCCCUGCAGUAAGUCAAUGGAUAUAUUCAAUACCGGUAUACAUCUGUAUAUAUUUCAAAUUUACCUCAGUUUUGGUAUUGUUAAAGGAUUUUUAAAAUGGAUUUGUGUGAUCUGGGCCCCGUCUUACAAAGAGUUACGAUUGAUCCAAAUCAAUCGCAUGUCCUCCAAUCAAUCGCAAG